CUCACUUUGCGCUGCGCCCCAGCGGAGCCGCUCUCUGCGCACUUCUCGCACUCAGGCUGGUGUGGACGGAUGUGCGGCUUGUUGUCGGAGGACAAUCCGACCUGAUCGACGCGCACUGACCGCCUCCGCCCACCCGCUCCUCCAUCCUGUCCUCCGUCUCUGGCAACAGCUGGCGUACCUGUUCAGGUCUCGGAGGCUGCGGUGGAAGGAGAUUUGUGCGGGUUUGGGUCACUUUGCGGGACUCUGAAGGCUUCCGUCUGGUUUCCAGGCUUCAGCCAUGGGGGCACUGAAGAAGUCCCGUCCUCUGUCGGUGUUGGUCUGGUUCUUCGCUCUGUGGCACACACGGUCAAGAGCAGACUCUAAUAAAACACAGAACCCUAAGGACAUUGCAACGUUCACCAAGAUCCUCGACAGUCUUCUGGACGGGUACGACAUCAGACUGAGGCCCGGCCUGGGAGACCGAGUGACCGAAGUGUCCACGGACAUCUAUGUGCCGAGCUUUGGGCCGGUUUCUGACACAGACAUGGAAUACACCGUAGACGUCUUCUUCCGCCAGAGCUGGGAGGAUGAGCGUCUGAAGUUCCACGGGCCGAUGGACACCCUGCCUCUCAACAACCUGAUGGCCAGUAAGAUCUGGACUCCCGACACCUUCUUCCACAACGGGAAGAAGUCGGUGGCCCACAACAUGACCAUGCCCAACAAGCUUCUGAGGAUCAACGAGGACGGGACGCUGCUCUACACCAUGAGACUGACGGUCCAGGUGGAGUGUCCGAUGCAUCUGGAGGACUUCCCAAUGGAUUCCCACUCCUGUCCGCUAAAGUUUGGAAGCUACGCCUACACCAAGACGGAGGUCAGCUACAUCUGGCUCAGGUCGGUGGUCGUGGCGGCCGACGGAUCCAGACUCAACCAGUACGACUUAGUGGGACACUCUGUUGGGAACGAGACCAUUAAAUCCAGCACUGGUGAAUACACCGUCAUGACCGCUCACUUCCACCUGAAGAGGAAGAUCGGGUUUGUGAUCCAGACGUAUCUGCCCUGCAUCAUGACGGUCAUCCUCUCCCAGGUCUCCUUCUGGCUCAAUCGGGAGUCGGUGCCGGCCAGAACCGUGUUCGGUGUGACCACAGUUCUCACAAUGACGACUCUGAGUAUCAGCGCCCGUAACUCGCUGCCGAAGGUGGCCUACGCCACCGCCAUGGACUGGUUCAUCGCUGUCUGCUACGCCUUCGUCUUCUCUGCUCUGAUUGAGUUCGCCACCGUUAACUACUUCACCAAACGGGGCUGGGCCUACGGGAAGAGCGUCGUCAACGACAAGAAAAAGGAGGCGGCUGCGGUCAAGAGGAACAACGCCUACGCCGUGGCGGUGGCGAACUACGCUCCUAACAUCAUGAAGGACUCGGCGCUGCCCACCAUCUCUAAGUGCUCUGUGAGCGAGCGUGGAAACGCCAUGGCAGAAACCAAACCUGAGCAGAACCAAAAAACCUUCAACAGCGUCAGUAAGAUCGACCGCAUCUCCCGGAUCAUGUUCCCGGUUCUGUUCUGGACCUUUAAUCUGGUCUACUGGGCCACGUACCUGAACAGAGAACCGGUCAUGAAGGACCUGGUUCACGCUAACUGAAGCCAGCUAACAGCUGGUUUGGUUUGAGGAAAGUUCUCUUGUUUCUCUUUUAAUGAGCAAAUAUUUUUAAGUUUGCCGUGAGCCCAAAGAUCUGAGUCAAAUAAACGUUUUUAAGACGGUAGAGCGUAGGAAAUGUGACCGUCUGCUGUUCUGCCUCAGGUCAAAGCUGGAGGCUGGUUAAACCAGCUAGAACCGGUCCGUCAGGCUUAGCUGCAGAAGCACGUCGAUCUGGAAAACAUUUAAUACAGAAUCAUGAUGCUGAUUUUUCUGUUUGAUUUCCUGAAACAGCCCUUUGUAAAGUGUGACAUCACUCUGGAGGAAACCUUCAACACCGACAUGAAGAGUUAGCCGAUCGCUAACACGCUGCAUAGAAAACGUCUCGCUUGUAUUUAUGAGACUGAAUCUGUUGAAUAUUGUGGCAGUCCUGCAAAGUCUUUGUUUUUUACCUGUUUGCACACUCUUCUGAUGUAGCAUUACAGCUAAUAUUAGCCUAUUUGCUAACUUAGCAUUGUUUUGUUCCUCCACCACGUGGUCCCUCCCGGAUCCACGUUUCCUGGUGUAGCAUUUAGGAUUUUCUCCUCCUCCAGCUCCAGGAGCGGUGAUCUCUGCAGCUUUUACCUGCCUGUCAGCCAUGACUGAUGUUCUCUCUCUCUCUCUCUCUCUCUCUCUCUCUCUCUCUCUCUCUCUCUCUCUCUCCUCUCUCUCUCUCUCUCACUCUCUCUCUCUCUCUCUCUCUCUCUCUCUCUCUCUCUCUCUCUCUCUCUCUCUCUCUCUACCUCUCUCUCUCU